AAAAAGUCCCUGGAGUCUAUAAACUCUAGACUUCAGCUGGUUAUGAAAAGUGGCAAAUAUGUGCUCGGGUACAAACAGACUCUGAAAAUGAUUCGUCAGGGCAAAGCUAAGUUGGUCAUCCUAGCCAACAACUGUCCUGCCUUGAGAAAAUCAGAGAUUGAGUACUACGCUAUGCUGGCCAAGACUGGUGUCCACCAUUACAGUGGCAACAACAUUGAAUUGGGCACAGCAUGUGGGAAAUACUACAGAGUGUGCACACUGGCCAUCAUCGACCCAGGCGACUCUGACAUCAUCAGAAGCAUGCCAGAACAGACCAGUGAGAAGUAAAUGCUGUAAAGGUGUUUUUUCUACAAUAAAACUGGUUACAGAUCUGUUUUAAGAAAAAUUUGUAUUAUACCUUUGUUGGUUAUAGGGAACAAACCAUAUAAAUGAAGACUGAUUACCA